UGCCAGUCCCCACCAGCCCUUCCCCAGAGGGUCAGGUGACCCUUCCCUCCCCAGGCCACGUCAGCCCGGCCCUCCCGGACAGACCUCGCGCACCAGGGCUCUGGUGGACAGUGAAUGCUCCACGCUGGGAUGGGCUGUUGCCUGAUGCCUGUACAUGGUGGGCACUGAGAGACAAGAUUCCUGGGCCCUGCCUUCCACACACUCCCCACCAUCUCAGAGGAAGCUCUGGCUGGCUACCUGGUAGACAAUCGCUGCCAAUCCGUCCAGGUCCAGGGCAGGGGAGUUUGCACUGCUGUGCCACAGGCUGUGCGGAAGGCCCAGGGGUCUUCCCUGCUCACACUGCGCUCUCUGAGGAGAGGCCCCGCUGAGAACCCACAGACAGGAGGACAACUAUGCUAUGACAGCAAUAAAGGCCAAGAAGGAGAAAGUUGAGGACCGCUGACAGCCCGUGUGCUGUUGGGAGCUGCCCGUUCUACUUCACACCUUCCUCUAGCAAACUGUGCAGGGACCCCACCACCACCACCGUGUGUCACCAUGGUUGUGCAAAACAGCGCAGACGCCGGGGACAUGAGGGCAGGCGUGCAGCUGGAGCCCUUCCUGCACCAGGUUGGGGGACACAUGAGCGUGAUGAAGUAUGAUGAGCAUACAGUGUGCAAGCCCCUCAUCUCCCGGGAGCAGAGGUUCUAUGAAUCCCUGCCGCUGGCCAUGAAGCAGUUCACCCCACAGUACAAAGGCACCAUCACAGUGCACCUCUGGAAAGACAGCACAGGCCAUCUCAGCUUGGUUGCCAACCCAGUGAAGGAGAGCCGGGAGCCCUUCAAGGUCUCCACAGAGUCGGCGGCAAUGGCCAUCUGGCAGACGCUCCAGCAGACCACCGGCAGCAGUGGCAGCGCCUGCGCCCUUGCCCAGUGGCCGCAUGCCCAGCUGGCACGCUCACCCAAGGAGAGCCCGGCCAAGGCUCUCCUGAGGUCCGAGACCCACCUCAACGCUCCAGCCUCCUCGCUGGUGGAAGACACUAAUGGGAACCAGGUGGAGAGGAAGAGCUUCAACCCAUGGGGCCUGCACUGCCACCAGGCCCACCUGACCCGCCUGUGCUCCGAGUACCCAGAGAACAAGCGGCAUCGGUUCUUGUUGCUGGAAAAUGUAGUGUCACAGUACACGCAUCCCUGCGUCCUGGAUCUGAAGAUGGGGACCCGGCAGCAUGGCGAUGACGCAUCCGAGGAGAAGAAGGCCCGCCACAUGAGGAAGUGUGCGCAGAGCACCUCAGCCUGCCUGGGUGUGCGCAUCUGCGGCAUGCAGGUUUAUCAAACAGACAAGAAGUACUUUCUCUGCAAAGACAAGUACUACGGAAGAAAACUCUCAGUGGAGGGGUUCAGACAAGCCCUCUAUCAGUUCCUACAUAAUGGAAGCCACCUGCGGAGGGAGCUCCUGGAGCCCAUCCUGCAGCAGCUCCGGGCCCUCCUCUCCGUCAUUAGGAGCCAGAGUUCAUACCGCUUCUACUCCAGCUCUCUCCUCAUCAUCUAUGAUGGGCAGGAACCGCCAGAAAGAGCCCCAGGCAGCCCACAUCCUCAGGAGGCUCCCCAGGCAGCCCAUGGCAGCUCUCCCAGUGGUCUCACCAAGGUUGACGUCCGCAUGAUUGACUUUGCUCAUACCACGUACAAGGGCUCCUGGAAUGAGCACACCACCUACGAUGGACCAGACCCUGGCUAUAUUUUUGGCCUGGAAAACCUCAUUAGGAUCCUGCAGGAUAUCCAAGAGGGAGAAUGAAACUUCCUGGGCUUCUCUGGAUCUUUCUGGGCUAUAGAUCUCAAAAAGGGACCUGUUGGUUGCUAGGGUAGUCCAGACACCCCUUAGAUAUCUUCAUAAUAGUCCUAUCUACCGUCAAAAACCAUCUCUAUAUACGGCAGACUAUGUUAACAGCUGCUGAACAAAUCAGCUCUGGAGGUGAUUCCACAUCCCCUGGCAUCAUGCUCUAAUGCUGCUCAUUGGAGAACGGAUAGCCAGGAAAAAGUGGCACCUUCUGGAGUACACUGGAGGGGGCAGCCCAAGUUAGAGGCCACCAUUGCUGUGACAUUCUGGAAUAUUUGCAUCUAAAAAUGUUUACUCGUUGCCAUGCUGCAGUCCGCGCCAGCUGUGAGGCAGAAAACUUGACUUGAAGCAGCCUUGAAGAGUGAGUUCAUGAGUUCAUGGUUUUUCUCUUUGUACGGGCUGCCUGCUCCAAGGGCAGGCAGAGCUCAUGAAUGCCUCUUACCUUCCUAAGCAGAGUUUUAGGUGAGACAGGAUGAAGCAGAACAGAUCUGCCCAUCUUACCUGCUCUGCACCCAGCUUCCAAGUGGACAGAGCCAAGCCCAGGCAUGAGCUCUGGCAAAGCAAGGCCCCAGAUUCUCCAUUUUUGCCUGUGGAAAGGAGGGUCCCUUUACAGACUUUUUUUCCUUUUUUUUUCCCCCCAAAAUCUCUUAAAAUGAGGAAUCUCUUAGCAGACUUUGGAGUUCCCCAUUCUGCCACAUUCUGACCAUGAGACGCGGCUUGCAGUGGGGGUGAACGCACAUAAGAAGGGACCACUGAUGCCCAGCUCUACUCUCUGCUUUCUAUUUAUUUAUUUUGGGGGUGUGUUGGGGAGUCAGAAGAACCUGGAGGACUGAGGAAACCAGGGGCAAUGUUUACAAGACUGGUGGACAAGUGUAAAUAUGGAAUAAGAACAAACAGUUCUAAUUAAUUCCUUCUUCUGCAGUACGGAAACCUAUUACAAUGCCCUUGAGUCAAGCACUGAGAUAUGUUACCCAAUUAGGGAAAUACAUUUGUUAAUAAAAUUGCUGAGGUCACCA